AUGGCAUCGCCGGUGGCCAUCGGCAUGGCGGUGUUCCAGCGGGGGCCGCACGGCGUCGACGUGAAGCACGUCGACCACAGCCAGGUCCCCAGCGUCCCCAAGUCGCUCAUGGUGGUCACCCCCACCGACGCCGGCGUCUACCCCGUCGCCGUCUUCCUGCACGGCUGCAGCAUGUACAACAGCUGGUACGAGAGCCUCCUGUCGCACGUCGCGUCCCACGGGUUCAUCGCCGUGGCACCCCAGCUCGGCGGCAUCAUUCCGCCGCUCAACAUGAAAGACUCGAAGGACAUCGACGCCACCAGGCAGGUCACCUCCUGGCUCGCCGACAAGCAGCAAGGCCUGGCGCACGUCCUCACCAACAUCCUCCACCUCCACGGCGUCAGGCCGGACCUCUCCAGGCUGGCGCUGGCGGGCCACAGCCGCGGCGGCGACACCGCCUUCGCCGUGGCCCUCGGGCUAGGAUCCUCCUCAGACACCGUCACCGCCACAACCACUGCGCCGGCGUCGCCGCUCAAGUUCUCCGCCCUGAUCGGCGUGGACCCCGUGGCGGGGCUAUCCAAGCAGUUGCAGCUGGAGCCGAAGGUGCUGACCUUCACGCCCCGGUCCCUCGACCCGGGGAUGCCGGCGCUGGUCAUCGGCACGGGGCUCGGCCCCAAGCACGUCGGCUUGUCGCCGUGCGCCCCCGCGGGCGUCAACCACGCCGAGUUCUACGACGAGUGCGCGCCGCCGCGGUACCACGUCGUGGUGAGGGACUACGGGCACCUGGACAUGCUGGACGACGACGGCGUGCCCUACGUCAUCAAAAACUGCAUGUGCAAGAGGAACACCGAGGACACCAAGGACCUCGCCAGGAGGGCCAUCGGGGGCGCCAUGGUGGCGUUCCUCAGGGCCAAGCUGGAGGACCACGACGAGGAUCUCAGGGCCGUGCUUGAGAACAGCCCUGGGCUCUCGCCGGCGGUGCUCGACCCAGUUGAAUAUGACUUUUGA